GCGGCCGCUCCUAUUGGAUAUACACGCGGAAGUGAAAGGAACACUUUUGCUAACAUCAAGGAGCCUGUUCUCACUUCUUCCAUUGAUGUGUUUUUGUCUCCUGGAGGGGUUUUAACAGCCAUGGCUUUACCGGCUCAGCUGAGAGCCAUCCAGCACCACCUGCGGACCGCGAAUGAACACGAGAAGCGGGACCCUGUCGUGGCUUACUACUGUCGUCUCUACGCGAUGCAGACAGGAAUGAAGCUGGACAGUAAAACACCAGAGUGCAGAAAGUUCCUGGUCAAACUCAUGGACCAGCUGGAGACGAUGAAGAAGGAGUUGAGUGAUAAUGACUCCAUCAGUCAGGAGGUCGUCGGAAACGCCCACAUUGAAAACUACGCCUUAAAGAUGUUCCUCUAUGCCGACAACGAGGACCGAGCAGGUCGAUUCCACAAGAACAUGAUCAAGUCCUUCUACACAGCCAGUCUGCUGCUGGAUGUCUUGUCUGUGUUCGGGGAGUUGUCAGAGGAGAACAUCCAGCACAGGAAGUAUGCCCGCUGGAAGGCCACCUACAUUCACAACUGUCUGAAAAACGGGGAGACGCCACAGGCCGGGCCCAUCGGCAUGGACGAGGAUGAGAGAGCAGAUGAAUACGGAGCUGAAGGUUUCUCAGGCCAGGGUCUCUCCCACGGAGGUUCCUUCAGGGGAGGUCCUCCUUCCCAGUUCGAGGACCACGACCCGAGUUUGGGUCCAGGUCCAGCCCCAGGGAUUGGCUUUACCCCGAGUCCUGAAACCGGGCCAACUGGUCCUCCCACCACCAACUACAACAACAUCCACAUCCCACCAGGGGCCCACGCACCAGCCAACACUCCGGCUGAGCUGCCACCUCCCUCAGCAGAAGCAGUUAAACCAGUGCCUUUGCCCCGAUCAGUGCCCACUGUUGACCCCACACUGCUCAACGCCCAGCAGCAGGGCGGUGUCCAUCUCACCCCGGAGGACUACACCAAGGCCCAGAAGUACUGCAAGUACGCCGGCAGCGCGCUGCAGUACGAGGACGUCUCCACCGCCGUCCAGAACCUCCAGAAAGCCCUCAAACUCCUCACCACAGGCAAAGAAUGAAGCCUUUGUCCUCCUCCUUCAAAUCCCUCCAUCCCCCCUUUUUUUGCUCUCCGCAGCAGCUCCGCUCUAUCUGUCACUGAUCUGGCCCACAGCGAGCUGAGGAUGCAGUUCACACACACACACACACACACACACACACACACACACACACACUGAGGCCGCCCUGUGAAGAGAGCCGUUCAGCUCGCCGUCAGACGAGGACAUGAUGGAAAUCAGUCGCAACAAUGGCUGCCUGUGUCCGACACUGUGUCCACUGAUUGACUGGAUAACCGACCGACUGACUGCAGAACAUGUUCACUGUCUCACGGCCGCGACUAGCGGUUAUUGACAUUAUCGAUUUAUCUGCCUGUUAUUUUCUCGGUUAGUAAAUCAAUCAUUUUAUCACUGAAAUUGUCGUAAAGUGGUGAAAAAUGCUUCACUGUAGCUUCACACAGCUCAGACAGACGUAUUCAGAUGUUUUAUUUUGUCCGACAAACAGUCCAGAACACAAAAAUAUGCAGUUUGCUUUCAUAUAUGACAAAAGAAAAGCAGCAAGUUUGUCAUUUUUUGCUUUAAAAAUAGUGAAAAUAAACGUUUUCUUUCACCCGACCUCUAUUAGCCACUUUAUUAAGACUUGGCUAUUAUCUGAAUAUUGACUUUUAUAAGAGAAUUUACAGUUUAUCAUUAUUAUUGCUUUUAAUACUGACAAAUACUGGAUUUAAGCCCUAAAUAUUCAGGCUCUAAUUACAGCUCAGAUUAUAUUUUGUCUUCAAGUCACCACUGAGAACCUGCGCGAUGUAAAUAGAGCUCCGACCGUCAGUAAAGUGAUUAACAGAAAAAUAAUUGUUCAAACAAAAAUGUAAAACUGUUCUCAGGUUCCUGCUUCCUGUUUUUCCUCGUCUUAUCUUUUAGUAAAUAUAAUUUCUUUUGGACUGUUUGUUAAACAAAACAACACAUCCGAUGACAUCACCUUGAACUUCUAGAAAUUGUGAUGCGCAUUUGCAGUUUUCUGAAAUUUGAUAAACCUAAUUAAUAAUUAAUCAAGAAAAUAAUGAUCAGAAUCAUCGAUAAUGAAAUAACGGGAUAAUAACUGCUCAGCUGACGUGAUUAAUAACUAACCAGGAGACUAAACGACAACAGACGGACUCACUACUCGCUGCCUACCGAAGGUUUAAAUCGUUCACUGUGCGACUCGUCGAUUAAUCGGUUUGUUAACAAGCGCUGAAUAUUCUCCAGAUGAUUUUCUCUCCAGCUAACAGCUGACAGCCGAGUCUCUUCUAUAAUAAUCAUUUAAACCUUUUUUCUGUCUUUUGUCACGUGUGAAACUAAAACUCAGAAUGUAUUUGACCAUCUAAACUUAUACCUUUUUUUUUUUGUUACAGUCAUAACUCAUUGAACUACAUGUUUACUGUUUUAGGAGAUAAAAGUGCGUCUUGUUUGUGUCGCACGUACACAGACAGAUGAGAGUAAAUAAACUGCUGUUGGAGUGUCAACAGGGGGCGAUAUUAUACUCUGACUGUCCUCUUUUUGUUUCUUGAAAACAUUUAUUUUAAUGGCUUUAACAUAUCACUUUCUCUGUAUGUGAGGAUGAUGAUGAUGAUGAUGAUGAUGAUGAUGAUGAUGGGGAGGGGCAGUGAUUCUUUCUGGUUAUUUAACUUUAUUGUUUCUCAGAACUUGUUUUAGCGGGGCUUUAAAGGUUUUCACAAAGUUGCACGUAGAAGAAGAAGAAGAUCUCAUAAUCCGCCAGAAUGAUUCGGUUUGAAUAAAAUAUUUGAAACGA